AUGCCAACCGUCACGGACAUAACGAGGAGAAGCUUGAAUCCGUCUACCAUGGCGUCUGAUCAAGAAUCUACGGACGAGGAGCCAGACAGUGAGAUGCUGAGUGACGACCUCUGUCUGCAAGACAGCGAUGAUGACAGGCAGACAGUCAGGAGUGUUCAGAGCCACCCAGAAGACAUGUCGACUCUCAACUCCUGUCUGCUGCGGCCACCUCGCAAGCUGUUCACCAACUGCCGCGAGCGCUGGCGUCAGCAGAACGUGAGCGGCGCCUUCGCGGAGCUGCGCAGGCUGGUGCCGACCCAUCCGCCCGACAAGAAGCUAUCCAAGAACGAGAUACUCAGGAUGGCGAUCAGGUACAUCGGCCUCCUGUGUGAAGUGCUCGAGUGGCAGAAGAGCCAGGGUCUCCUCACUAACAAUGAGAGCUCGGGCCUUGCAGUGAAGUGCGACCCCCUACUCAGCCCCCCGUCCAGGCACCUGCGGCUCAAGCGGCCGUUCUUCGACGACGAGGCCAGAAGACCGAAGACCGAAGACCGCGCAAAGCACGGCAACGAGGAGAACGAGGAGAACUUGCGCAGGAACGUUCACCGGUGCCCCAGCUUCAACAGGGAGUACUACUUCGGCAAGGACCAUCUGAAGAUACUGAGGGGCCAGUACGCCUUCCCCUCCAGGUGGAGACAGAGCGCGCCGUUCAGGAACUUGGCCGAGAGGAACGGAAACAACCUGCUGAUGAUAGCCCCCGCCCAGGUCAAGGAUGAUGACGGAAAGAGUAACAGCAGAUGUAAAGAGAAGACGGACGGUAAAGAUAAG